GCCCUCGAGGAGUACCAGCUGAACCCCAAGAACAGCAUGCUGGGCGCCAUCAUACCCUGCAGCGAGAAGAUGUCCGGCAGCGUCAUCCUGCACGAUGUUGGUGCAGGCAUACACGGCAUCAUAGACCAGGUACUCCAAAAGUAACGAAAGAAAAGGAGACGGUGCCAUCGAUGAUUUUCUUGACAGAUGCCAUCUUGUGUCUGUCAUGCUUAUCAUUCUUCUUGCAGUUUUUGCCAUAGUUGCAUCGGCAAUUGCGCUUCAGGGUGCUGUGUGAUUUCAUUCUAGAGCAGAGUCCAUCAAAGAUAUCGUCGGGAGAACAGCGCUUGAAGCGACGGCGACGAUUUACAACAUUACAGGAGCCAUUGAGAGGAUGCAGAACAUAUCGAAGCUAUACAACAUUAGUAGCCAAUCCUUUGAUCAUCUGAACUCCACAGUAAAGGCACUGAACUCUGAAGCUGUGGAAAUUCAGGCGAAGGCCGAAAAGAACAUGCGCUUGGUCAGCAAAGGCAUCAACACAUUAGAACUUGUCAUCAUUUUAACCGUGACGCUGAAUCUUGUCGUGGUCCUUGUCUUGCUAGUGGGAAGACCUUUGAGGCUACAGAAGUUGUACUAUAUGUGCAUAGCCUUGUGCUGGGUACUGACAGUCCUCUUCUGGAUGUACUUCGGACUGUACUACUUCCUCGACAAGUUCGCCGGCGACACGUGCGCGGCCCUCGAGGAGUACCAGCUGAACCCCAAGAACAGCAUGCUGGGCGCCAUCAUACCCUGCAGUGAGAAGAUGUCCGGCAGCGUCAUCCUGCACGAUGUUGGUGCAGGCAUACACGACAUCAUAGACCAGAUCCUGCGGAGGCUGACGUGCUCGGAGUUGGGCGGUGGCGCCAACUGUGCGCCGGCCGACCUCUCGUCGGCGAUCGACUACGACAAGGUGCAGACGUACACGAGCUCCAUCCAGAACGUGCUGGACAUCUUCCCGGGCACGGAGCGGCUGGUGAGCUGCGAGCUGGUGAAGGCCGGCUUCGCGGACAUCGUGGGCAACCAGUGCGCGCCGCUGCGGCGCGGCGCGCGGGCGACGUGGGCCGCGCUCGCCGCCCUGUCGACGGCCAUGGCACUGCUCGUGCUCGCCUCGGUGGCGUGCGGCGGCGUUGGGGGGUCGCGCCACGCUGGCGACGACCGCCACUUGGUGCGGCACCUCACGUCGUCGUCCAACUCGGAGGUAUCGGAGACCGAGUUCGCCGAGAUGCACGCCAAGAAAGUGCGAGUGAAGAUCGUCGGGCCGUGAGAGGGAGGUCAAAUUAUUUUUGCUGUGCUCUUUGCU